AUGGACAAGCUAGCUACACGGGAAUCAAAUCGUCUGGUUAUCGAGGAUUGUCCCUCUCAGAGGCGGGGCAACUGUAACAAGCUUGGUUACCAUCUUCCCACAUCUUCCGGUCUUAACCUCCUCAUCCCCCUCGCUCAUCGCAAUGAGCGAAUCAACAAACUUUUUCACAACAUAGCUGAAAUUGACCUUACACCGCUGUGGGAUAUCAAGAAACUGGACGGACUCGGUCAACAAAGCACCACUGCGCUCGCGCAGCACCAAGAAUUGUCUGUUCCGGCAAUCGCAUAUAGAGUGGGCUCACUCCACUGUCCCGACAAAGGGGAAGAUAUCCGCCGCAUACCUGACACUACCAUGCCGGAUGACCCACGGUACAAGCCGGGAAAGCACAUUUCCCUAGACACCAAGGUGCAUAUCAUCCCGAGGCAUCAGCUUUCGAGACGUUUUGCUCUCAUGAUAUCUUUCUGCCGCGACUAUCGCGAGCUUCGCCACAAAGAUGCGUUUGGGUGCAUCAUCUCGACCGUCGUCUUUGGAAAUGACGAAUACAUCGGCUUUGAUGCGACGAUGAAGAUCAGAAAGCUUAAGCUUUCAGCGCCAUCUCGUCCUUCCCGUACUCCUAAGGGAUUGCGCACUCGCCGGAAGACUCAAAGUGUCUCAUCAUCAGAGGAUGAUGGCGUUCUCGAAUCGGACGAUAGCUCUUCAUCUUACUUCCCCCCUAAUCUAUUUUCUAGUCUCUACUUUAAGUCAGAGGAGGCCCAGCCUGACGUCUGA